AUGGGAGAGAAACAAGAAGGUGCUAACGUUGAACAUGAGAAGAAGGCAGCCACCGUAGUCUCUGCUGAGACGGUCGACGGCAAGCCAAAGAGCGGCGGAGGUGAUUCCACGGCAGCUCCGGUUGCCGCAGCCUCCUCUGCCUUUAUUUACAAAGUGGAUAUGCACUGUGAAGGCUGCGCCAAGAAGAUCAAGCGGAUGGUGAAGCACUUCGACGGAGUGAAAGAUGUGGCGGCGGAUAUGCGUGGGAACAAGCUCAUGGUGGUCGGAAAGAUCGAUCCGGUGAAACUCGGGGAGAAGUUGGAGGAAAAAAUGAAGAGAAAGGUGGUACUCGCAAACCCACCGCCAUCAUUACCGCCGAAGGUAGACACAUCUGCUGCCGUUGGAGAGAAGAAAUCUGACGGUGUAGAUAAGGCGGCGGCUUCUACUCCUCCUCCUCCGGCCGCUCCCAAAGAGAGUUUGGUGGCUUUAAAGAUCAGACUACAUUGCGAGGGAUGUAUACAGAAGAUCAAGAAAAUAAUACUGAAAAUUAAAGGGGUCGAAACGGUGGCUAUUGACGGAGCCAAAGACGUGGUGAUGGUGAAAGGAACGAUGGACGCCAAAGAACUUGUGCCCCUCCUCACUAAAAAGCUCAAACGAACCGUCGAGCCUAUUCUUCCGGCCAAAAAAGACGACGGAGCCGCAGAGAAAAAGAGUACAGAAGCCGCUCCUCCCGCCGCAAAGAAAGAAGGUCCAGCCUCCGGAGUUGGCGAAGCAAAGAAGGAAGGAAGUGAAGCUGGAGAGAAGAAGAAAGAGGCCGGAGACGGCGGAGAGAAGAAGAAAGAAGCUGGUGACGGCGGAGAGAAGAAGAAAGAAGCUGGUGACGGCGGAGAGAAGAAGAAAGAUGUCGGAGACGGUGGAGAGAAGAAGAAAGAGGCCGGAGACGGUGAGAAGAAGGAAGGUGGCGGCGGAGGUGCGCCGGUGGCGGUGGUGAAUAAGAUGGAUUAUCAGGGGUACUCAUAUCCGACGGCUCCAAUGUACUGGCAAGAAGGACACGUGUACGGCCAGAGUUAUCCGAUGGGAGGUCAGAGUUAUCCGAUGGGUGGUCAGAGUUAUCUAGGUUCAGGAUACAAUUACGCGAGUGAGAGUUACAUGCCGUAUUCGCAGCCAAACAUGAACGCGGCUCCUGGAAUGUUCAGCGACGAGAAUCCCAAUGGCUGCUCCGUGAUGUAA